AUUAGGCUCGUCGCGACCUGAGUCAUGUCUGCGCAGCAAAAUUGGUCUCUAGAAUUGGCAGAGGUGCUUCUUCGAGUUCUUCGCGGCGGGCCGCUUUGCGCUGCGACUCAGGCUGGCUUCUGCUUUGGCCAGGAAUGGCCACCACAAGCAGAUGGGGGUGUCUGCAUCAGCUCUCCGCAACUGGGGGAGUCACUUCAGGCUCUCGUCAUGAGAAAGCAGGGGCUAGAAUUUCAGCAGACCUUUGCUUAUGCCCGGCAAGAGCACACUGGCGUCACUUGCGAGAAUCUUUACGAGAAAGGGGAUUGGUGACUUGGAGGGGGCAAGGCCAGGAAUGGAGGGGAACGCCACACUUUGUUCGAUAUAGCAGGUGCUCCGCUUCCGACGGCCCCUCCCCCCCCUCCUACUCCAAGCGCCACCCUCGCCCCCCUCCCCCCGGUAGUGAACCUCGUCAAGAUGCCCCCCGGACUGACAGGAAGAAGGAGGCGCACCGGCAUGCGCUGCACUUGGAGCGGUUGGGCCCUCGCAAGAGGGCCAAGAUGUUGGCAGGGCCUGCCGGCAGCAGGGCGUGGAAGCGGGCACGGAGAAAGGUGGCCAAGGUUGCUGAAAGCAUCAGCGAAGUAGUGGAUGCCGCCGCAGCGGCGGUCGCGCUCCCGACAUUGGCCCCUCUCUCUAGUGAAGCAGCCCAGGCAUUUGCUCGCGUCAGCGGGCAAGGGCCCUCUAGUUGGGAUGCAAUGGCAACCGAGGCGGACCGCCUCCGAGACAGCGGCUCGUCAGCCGCUUCUGCUCUGGCCGCGUUCCUGGAGCUGGACGGGUCUCGUCUACCGUCACCUGACGGCGGGUCCUUUUUCACCAGCCCACAUCAGUUCCCCGCAUCCCAUGCCCUGCAAAUGGAGGACAAGCCCCCGGGGACGCCUGGUCUGAGUGUUGACAGCCAAGCAGACGAAGCUGGAAGUGGCGCUUGGGGCGAGGCGACGCGAAUGGCGCUGCCCGUGUUGGGCUUGGCGGCUGCCACUGUGGUGGGGACACUGUUUACGCGGCGAGCCGGUGUUCCCAGAAUGCUGCCCCGAAUGGCGAUGCGUGCGCUGGCCUACCCCGCCCUCUUCCUGCAAACCGGCAUUCUGGCCUCAGAGCAGGGAGCGGAGAGGGCAAGACAGGCUGCCUUGUGGAGCCUGCCCCCCGCUUUGCUCGUCUCGUCCUGCUUCAUGGGCUGGCGUGUGGCGGCCGCCUCAGCCGCGGCGUUCCUGACGGCGCAACUCGUCAACGUCAACGUCUCAGAGAGGCUGCCCCGAGCUUCCCAUUGGUGGCAGGUCGUCCUGGUUGCUGCAGCGGCCGCCUCCGUUGUCGACGCUCUCGUCUUCGCCCGCAUCUCCUCGAGGGCCGUGCACGGCCUUGCAUUGGCCAUGGCCUUGACGGGCGACUUUGGCGAGGUUGGCGAGCGGCGGCGGUUCUCGGGCGUGCGGCCAGCGCUGAAGAAGCAGAGUGCGAUGAUCGAGAUGGAGGGCGAGGUGCAGAAGGCUCUGCCGAACGCCAUGUUCCAGGUGGCGCUGGACAACGGGUGCCAGGUGCUGGCGCACAUCUCGGGCAAAAUCCGGCGCAACAGAAUUGAGAUCUUCCAGGGGGACCGUGUCAAGGUUGAGAUCUCACCUUACGACCUUACAAGAGGUCGCAUCACGCACAGGAACAGGCGGGCAGGGCAAGGGCCGGCCACUCCAGGCGGGCCCAAUCCUCCGGGGGGCAACCCUGUGCCAGCAUGAGAACAAAGGCGGUUUUAGCGUGUCCUUGAUCGAGAGCACUAGGCGUGCCUCACCCAUUUGACUGACCUGUAUUGCUUGUAAAGGUGGUUGGUGGUAUUAUGGGAGCGUAUAGUGGGCGGUUGCUGUGGUCACCAGCUUUACCCAGUACGGUGUUGUGUACCAUAGGAUAUAUACUUAGGCAUGGUCAAUUGCCAGGAGACUUACUGCAAUAAGCGGGACGCCGCUGCUAUGUAGCAAGCACCUCACGUCGAUUUCCAUUC